AUGGAGAUCGAAAAGAACUGUAUCAUAAACCCCGAGAGUUACGACAAGUUUGAACUCUCUAGCAGACGCAAAUCAUCUAAUGAAGAAGUCUUGGACUUCUUAGAUCGCGACCUUAUGAACAAAGAUGCCGUGUAUGAAAGAUUUACGGAGAAACUCUUGAAGAGAUGGAUUAUCAAGGAUAGGGGAACCAGCGGAGUGGAAACGCUCAGACAAGCAUUUCGCAAACUACGCGAUGCCGAAACGGGUUACCUUUCUCAAGAUAGGUUCAAAAACUUCAUGAACGAGAAGUGGCCUAGAUUUGGGCUUGCCGAAUCUUCGGAAGGGUUAACACUACUAUUCGACAUCUUUAGCUGGCAUGCGUUUUUUCCUUUUCCAGCAUCACUUACUGAAUCGGGAACGCCUUGCAUAGAUGAAGAUGCCUUUCUCCGCGCAAUAUGCUUGUUAACAUGGGACCCCGCACCGCUAUACGAACCUAGGUUCUCAGGUGCUCUUCAUAGUGCAACAUCGGGAACCUGGGGGCCACAUAGCGGCUGGCUCAUCAGUAAACGUGGCAAAGACGGCAGCGAUUUCCUUAGACGCAUUUUUCGGAGCAUUGCUGUCCCCAACAGCACCGUCGUGGGCAAUGAGACGACGAUCCAAGUUCCUCGAUUCAUAUACCGCCAGCCUCGGCGGAAGGGACAGAAACCCAAGGACUCCGACUCCGAAGACGAUGUAGGGCAGCAGGUCGUCGUCAUGGAAAUUGAGAGUGAGCGAACAGUCGAUAUACAGGAUAUCAUCGCGGAAAAUCCGCCCGAUGAAAUUCCCAAGACGGCGAAUCCACUUCGAGAAAGCUAUAGCCCUGCCUUGCCGACUCUUCCACGCCAUCCCUUUGAUCUCACUGACCUUCAUGUCCCGACUACAAAGCUAGUAACUCUCCUGAAUUUGAUGAAAGCGGUGAAACCUGGAGAGCAGGGUACAGUACAGGGUUUGAUCACUUCAGCGGAACAACUGGGAAACGAAGGAGAGCUCAACUGGGAGUGGUUUCAGGCGGUGAUGCUGAAUAAAGCCGAAUUUGUUGCAAACGCUUUGCAAGAGAUCGUUGGAAUAUUCAAGGUUAAGAGAGUAUGA